AUGGCCCGACGCUCCUCCAGCGCUCUGAUCCUUGCUGCCGCCCUAUGCGCUCUGCUGGCACUCCAGGCUGCUUUCUUGGGCCCUAGCCGCAGCGGUCAGGUUUCGCAGCAGGACAUGGCCAAGGUGGCCGCAGCAGGUGCCGUCCUGACCGCGCCGGAAGCGGCCCAUGCGCGACUGCCGGAGGAGUUUGUUAUCUUCGCCCCCAUCGUGGACGUACUGCCGAUCCUGCCUGUGUUCUUCUUCUUGCUGGCGUUCCUGUGGCAGGCGGCAGUCGGAUUUCGCUGA